UUGGAAAAAAAGAAAAACACACACAUCGAUAGGGGCGUGGAGCAGCCGCUGGGUGCGACACGGCGAGUGUUGUAGGAGCAAAAUCACUCGAAGUUGUGAUCUUUAGACUUGACUUGUAUUUGUCGUGUGCGCGGAGCAGGUGAGGUAAUUGUUCUUUCUGUCGGUACAAUGGGAAACUGCCACACCGUCGGACCGAACGAAGCCCUGGUAGUUUCAGGUGGCUGCUGUGGCUCAGAUCAGAAGACAUAUGUCGUGGGAGGCUGGUCAUGGGCCUGGUGGCUCAUCUCUGACAUCCAGAGAAUGUCUCUGGAGGUUAUGACCAUCCUCUGUCGCUGCGAGAAUAUCGAAACCUCGGAGGGUGUUCCCCUGGAUGUGACAGGGGUGGCUCAGGUGAAGGUGAUGACAGAGAACGAACUGCUGGGUUACGCCUGCGAACAGUUCCUGGGGAAGACGGUCGUCGAGAUCAAGAGUGUCAUCUUGCAGACCCUGGAGGGUCACCUGCGCGCCAUCCUCGGAACCCUAACUGUGGAGCAGAUUUACCAAGACAGAGACAGAUUUGCUGCCCUGGUGCGAGAGGUGGCAUCACCUGAUGUCGGCCGCAUGGGCAUCGAGAUCCUCAGCUUCACAAUCAAGGAUGUAUACGACAAAGUGGAGUACCUGAGCUCACUGGGCAAAACGCAGACAGCUGCAGUGCAGAGGGACGCAGACAUCGGAGUGGCCGAGGCGGAGAGAGACGCUGGCAUCAGGGAAGCUGAAUGUAAGAGAGAAAUGAUGGACGUCAAGUUCCUGGCGGACACAAAAAUGGCCGACUCCAAACGUGAGCUGGAAAUGCAGAAAGCGUCCUUCAACCAGGAAGUGAACACAAAGAAAGCAGAGGCGCAGCUGGCAUAUGAGCUGCAGGCGGCCAAAGAGCAGCAGAAGAUCCGUCUGGAGGAGAUCGAGAUUGAGGUGGUGCAGAGGAAGAAGCAGAUCACCAUUGAGGAGAAGGAGAUUGACCGCACUGACAAGGAACUCAUCGCCAUGGUGAAGAGACCCGCUGAGGCCGAAGCCUACAAGAUGCAGCAGCUGGCUGAGGGACAUAAGAUAAAGAAGGUGCUCACGGCGCAGGCCGAGGCAGAGAAGAUCCGCUGCAUUGGCGAGGCGGAGGCCGCCUCCAUCGAAGCUGUGGGAAAAGCCGAGGCUGAGAAGAUGAGGCUGAAGGCCGACGCCUAUCAGCAGUAUGGAGAUGCUGCCAAGACGGCGCUGGUCCUGGAGGCUCUGCCCAAGAUUGCCAGUAAGGUUGCUGCACCUCUGGCUAAGACCAACGAGAUCAUCAUUCUGAGUGGAGAAAGCAGCCGCGUGACCGGAGAGGUGACCCGUCUAUUAGCCGAACUCCCCGUGUCCAUCAACGCCCUCACCGGGGUUGACCUGACUAAGAUCCCUCUGCUCCAGAAGAUGAUGAGCCCAGAGUGCCAAACAGCCAUCUGAUGAAUCAGGCCAGAGGCUCAUUACUCUGAAUCCUUCUACAUAUAUAUGCCUCAAGCAUGAAACAGAUUUUUAACUCCCCCCUUAUGCAAAUGCCUUUGAUCAGAACUACUUGACACCAACUUAGGCGUUUUUUGUGUGUGUUCUUUAUUAAUUAGUUUUAGGUAAGUUAGGAAAGUGUAAAGAGGUUUUUAAUUUUCUGAAGGAAAAUAAGCUGGGGCCUUAGUUCCAGAGGACCAGACUCUUAUUCUUCUCCUGUUGUUUUGAGUUCAUGUUUUAGAUUGAUUUUAAAUUUUUUUUAUCACACUGCAGUAGUUAGCCAGGAUGAUAUGCUGCAAUCCUGUUCAGUCCUACGACUCAUCCAAAGCAGAGUUUGACAUAGGCUCUUUUGCGAAUGUGGUAGUGCUGAUUCACAUUUACAGAAGGAAAACCAGUCAAAAGGUAACAAUACCAGCCGCCCUGUCACGGCCGGUGAAUAUCAAGGACAAAUCUCAAUAGUAUCUGCCCAGAUUUCUGUCUGGAGUUUUGGGGUGCUCAAUCACAUUAGGGAGCGGAGCGUCGUGUCUGCCAGCUCCUGCCUCCUCAUCUAACGCUAACAGUCCAGUCGGUGAAGUAGCUCUCAGCAGACUGACCACUGUGUGAAAUCUGUAACUUUUAUUUUUCUUUUAUAAUUAAAACCAUUUCUUAAAGUUCACACUUGCUUCUAACUCAGAGAGAACUUGACUGGUUACCAAACCACUGUUACACUUAAGGCUCAUCGGGUCUUCACUCGCUGUAAGAUUUACAGUAGAUUACAAUAUCUGAAUUUUUAUUUUUUUUCAAUCAAUUGUGUGAUAAUCCUUUUACCUCGUGGUUCUGUCGUCAUGCCGCCCGUCUUCUCUUUCUGAUGUGUAGUGCCUGUCCAUCACUCAAGUGCCCAGAUCUUAGGACAGUGGUUUGGCUUUAGUUGGGAUUAAUGGCAGAAAUGUUUCCACUGUGUUCUAGAUAGUGUCGAGUAUGUUCUAAUAUGGCUCGCUGUUCUCAUAACAUCUGCUUAUACUAACAAAGUGUUUUUCUCUCUGCGUUUUGGACACAAAGGCAGAUAUAAACCCGAAGCAAACACAUAAACACAAAGCCAUACUUACAAAAGAUUAGCCUUAAUAAAGACCCUGGAUGCCUGCCAGGCCUACUGAACAUUCCUCUGUUACCUCAAGUAGCGCAUGGUAGAUGCAGGGUCCCCCCCGCCCCUCUUGCUUUCCUCCUCCUGAAAUGAAUGUUAGUCCUUCUACUCAGACUUUUUUGCAGACUGUGUACAUAUUUUGUAAACUUUAAAGAGUAAAAACACCCACGCUAACAUUAUUUUUUAUGGCAGUAAAGAGACUGUGACCGUGUUGAACCUACCACCGCAUCCCAAAUCUGUGACGACAAAGCGGCUGCUACGAGUCGGACAAUAGCAAAGUGAGCAUGUGUUCACUGUACAGGGUUUUUAUGUGCUCCUCUUCAGAUUGGUAAAUGUAAUGUGAAGAUGGUGUAUGGGUGAAACCGGUUUGGAACAAUGACUUCACCUACUGCGACGUAAAUUGAACUGCAGUACGACAAAUGUAAAUCCAAGUGAAGCAUUUUUUUUCCAAAUUGCGGGGUUUGGUCUACUGCACACACCGAUCAUCAUCAACUUCAAAACCAGUUACUGGUUUUAAUGUUGUACCUGAUCCGUGUGUAGUUUUUUACAAUCAGAUUAAAAGGAAUCGACGGCCGGUGAUCAAUGCAACGGUUCUGUGUCACGUGUGAGGUGGGAUGUCAUAUGUGCAACGCGUUGUGAGCUCCAGCCUCUAGGUGGCAGUCUGAGUAUUUAUAACCCAUAUUAAUUUACUCCUUAAACUAAAUGAGCCUUUUGUUGCUGCCUGUUACAAAACUACACUUCAUUUAUUUCAUUUUUAUCACCAACCUCUGUUGUUUUGCCACAUGACCCCACUCUGCUCACUGUUAGUUUUGGCUUCCCUUUGUGUUUUCGUGUCUGUCAAAUCACAUUUUGUGAAUGUUCAUUAACCACUCGUUGUGGAAGAAACCAAGAGUCUGUGACCUUAAAAUAGUUUUUGUUUCCUUUUGUCAGCGAACAUUAUAAAAAACUGUCAUGACCGGACCAUUUUCUUACUCUCUGUGAAAUAAACAUACGUACAUACA